CUUUGCCUCAGACUGGUUGGAAUGUAAAGGCAAUGCUGCCCCCAAGCGGCUACAUGCUGCAUAACACCAAUGUGAACUCGAGAGCAUCGUUUUAAAAACGCAGCAUUCACUUAACCGGGCGUGUUAUAGUUUCUGUUACGGGCCUCAGUCUGGAAAAAAGAAAAAGAAAAAAAAGAACCUAAUGAUGCAUGUAUUUCAGCCUGAUAAUUAUUUAAUACGUACAAGCAGACUCAUGAAUGAAUAAAUAAAUGUAUUUAACACAGAAUUAACACGCUGAGACUACAGAAGGCUUAGGGAGUGCUGUUCUCCUCUCAGGAUGUCAUGAAGAUCAUUAACGCCGGUUUCCGUUUCGGAUAAACUACGUGCAAAACACUGCUCCAGGUGAGGCUCGAACUCACAACCUCGGCAUUGCUCUGCUUCGUACUGUCUUAUAAGUACCGCGCGCUAACCGAUUGCGCCACUGGAGCUCGGAUACAGCUGCUCAGGAACACAGCUUACAAACGUAGAAACACCGCGUAUGCGCGAUACUUACAGUGCGAUGUACAGUAUAUAAGGCUUCAUUAACUGAUUCAGAGUUUUGGGGUUAAAUAAAAAAAACCCGAGUAUGAUGGUUGCUGUUAGCCUGCUAGUGUCAUCUGCUAGCAAACGUAAAAUAACUGACCAGCAUGUUCUCCCUGCUCGCUGCUGUUUACACACUGUUUACCUGAAGCCUAGGAGUCCAGCUGUGUUUCAGGGCGUCAUGAAGAGGAAAUGUUCCUCUCAGUUAGAUCUGGUGAAGUUUGAAUUCCUACAAGAGAUCCUGUGAAGUCUGGAUUCGUACAAGAGAUCUGGUGAAGUCUGGAUUCCUACAAGAGAUCUGGUGAAGUCUGGAUUCCUACAAGAGAUCUGGUGAAGUCUGGAUUCCUACAAGAGAUCUGGUGAAGUCUGGAUUCCUACAAGAGAUCUGGUGAAGUCUGGAUUCCUACAAGAGAUCAGUUAUCCUACUGCUGAACUCCCUGUCGGUCAGGAACCAGACCCAGCUUUGUUGCUUCGUGGGUGGUGACGAGUCUGAAUGCUGUACAACAUGACCAACAACAGCACUUGCGUGGAAGCUCAGAGCCUUGUUGCUUCUGCGUUAACCCCCAUGUUGAUCUUGGACUUCAUUUUGGGCUUGCCAGGAAGCAUCCUAGCAUUAUGGCUCCUUGGCUUUAAGGCUACCUGGAAGCCAGGCAAUAUUUACCUCCUCAACCUGGCACUGGCUGAUGUCCUGCUGCUCAUUGCACUUCCCUUUCACAUUCACAGCGUGCUCCGUGGGGGCUGGAUUUUUGGGGAUCCCUUUUGCCGCAUCAACUUCUUCAUGCUGUCAGUCAACCAGUCAGCAAGCAUUGCUUUCAUGACUGUUUUGGUAGUGGAUCGCUUCUACAGGAUAGUUCACCCACACCAUCCUGUUUGUUACCUGAGCGUUCAGAGCACAGUUAUGGUGGUCUGCGGAGUCUGGGUAGUUGUGGUGACCCUUCGCCUUCCUCUGCUCGUGACUCGACUACUGAGAUCAUCUGGAAACUCAUCUGCGUUACUUUGCCAAAAUAUUGACAUAUGGACAGACACUGGAGUAGGCAUGAGGGUUCAUAAUUCACUUCAUAUGAUAGAGUUUGCUGUAGCUUUCCUGAUAGUAGUCAUUUCUUUUGUGCGCAUCUGUUACCACAUACAUGGUAACAAGAAGCUCAGAGAGCAUCGAAGAGUCAAACGGACCAUCUGCUUCCUUCUGACUGUUGUGAUCAUGUUCACCUUUUGCUUCCUGCCCAGUUACAUCAUAGGCUUUGUGGCUUUCUUCCUCGGAGAUGUCUCCUCAUGCUCCUCCUAUAUAGUUGUGGGUCAGGUGUUUAGCGUUUCUUUAUGCCUUGUGUUUUUAAACAGUGCUCUGGACCCAAUUCUGUACACUUUAUCAUGCGCGCACUACCGAGACACUCUUAAAGAAACAUGUAACUCUACAGGGCUCACCAAGUUUCGACUAAGUGUUAAAGAAACCAGAUCUCCUCGACGAUUUUGAGAAAUAGACUGAUAACACGGAACAUUCCUACCCACAGCCAUAAGAUUUUAUAGCACUUUACCAACAGGAUAGUACCAGUCUCUUACACUGGUAACCAAGGUGACACAUGCAGCAAGCUGCAAAUGCUCCACAGUGUUUUCCAGUUUACAUCGGGUAUGACUGACCCAAGUCAUGCUUUUCCACUCUGUAUGAAUAUAGUUUGUUAGCCCAGUAAAGUAGCGCUUUCACAAAGUUAUGACCAUAACAUACAGCAAAGGCUGCUGGAGAAGUUGUUAUAAAAUCUGUGUCAUAGACAAAAGCUAGACUACAAGAUACAGCAUGAAAGCUGUAUUUGUAAAAGGGUACUACCUACAGACAGUUAGUGGCAAAAUCACUGUUCUGGCAUAGCAUUUGUUAUCUUUUGCAGAGAGCAAAACCAAGACACAGCACUACCUUGGGCACUACGCACUGCUUGGAUUUAACACUCCCCUGCACUCCAGGUUCAAUCAAAUUUUACUUUUAAGCUUUUUGCCACUGACCUUUUAGUGCAACCAGUGAGAUACACCUUUGCAUAUUUCAGGGCAAGAAGUGAUUCACUUUGCAUGUUGGUUAAAUUACAGCUGGUGUCACCAGCGCAUGAAAGGUGCACAGUUACCACAUCUGGUGUAACAUAUGCUUUACUGUCUAAUUUACUGUUGUUUUAUUUUAUUCUUUAUUUAUUUAUUUUGCUAUUAUUUGGUAAACACACUAACAAGACGCUCACCUGAAAUUAUUCAUGUGCCUUUCUCCUUUUGUAUUUUUUUUUAAAUUUGGUCUUAUAAAUUGAAUAUAAGCUGAAUUUAUGUUUUGUGUGAGCACUGUUUUCUGCUUUUGCUUCUGUAACACUGUAAUUUCCCUCAUGAUCAGUAGUUUCUAUCUAUAAAUUUAUUACCACAACUGGAUGCCUGUAUUGUUAACAGUAACAUAUAUUUGUACUCUAAAUGUUAAGGAUUCACAUUCUCAUAUUUGUACUGCUUCCAAGCUUAAACAAAUAAUGGACUUGAUGCUUUCAGUUUGCCAGUGUGUGUGUGUGUAAUAUAUAUA